UCAUCACCAUGGUAACCGUCUCAGUCCUGCUCCUCCUGCUCUCAGUCUUUUCUCCUCCAGUCCACAACAACCUCACUACCUUCCAUGUGAUUCCUGAUAAGAUGAAUCAGACUGAUGCUCGAGCAGCUUGCAGAGGAAAUUACACCGACCUCGUCACUGUGUACUCUGAUGAAGACAACACUGAACUGUAUAACCUGAUGAUGAAGGCUGGUGGUGGAGCAGGGAGAUGGGAUGGGGGAUGGAUCGGUCUCUAUCGCGGUCAGUUCAGUGAGAAAUGGUCUAAUGGUGAUCCUGUAACAUUCAGUAAUCUGACAGGGGAUUGUGGGACAUGGAGCUGCUGUGCUGCUAUGAAGCCUGAUGGUUCAUGGGAAAGUCUUCACUGCACAGGGACAAGAUACUUCAUGUGCUAUGAGCAAAAUGCUUCUUCAAAGACUCCUAAUUAUCAUCUAAUCCUUGAGAGUAAGACCUGGUAUGAAGCUCAGCGUUACUGCAGGGGGCGCUACACUGACCUGAUCAGCAUCAGAGAUCAGCAGCAAAAUGGAGAGGUGAAGAUUAAAGGGUUAAACAGCAGCACGUCCUUCUGGAUCGGCCUGCUGUGUGAUGACUGGCAGUGGACUGAUGGAGGAAACUCUGCUUACAGGAACUGGGCGAGUGGUCAUCCUCAGCCAUCACCCUAUGACUGUGUACGAAUGUGGCAAAAUGCUUCUUCACAAACUCCUAAUUAUCAUCUAAUCCUUGAGAAUAAGACCUGGUAUGGUGCUCAGCGUUACUGCAGGGGGCGCUACACUGACCUGGUCAGCAUCAGAGAUCAGCAGCAAAAUAAAGAGGUGAAGAUUAAAGGGUUAAACAGCAGCACGUCCUUCUGGAUCGGCCUGCUGCGUGAUGACUGGCAGUGGACUGAUGGAGGAAACUCUGCUUACAGGAACUGGGACUGGUGGAGAGGAGAACCUCUGGCAUCACCAUACGACUGUGUAGAAAUGCACUUAGGGAAAUGGUACUCAGCGCCAUGCAGUAAUUAUUAUUACCUCUCUCUGUGCUACAGCAGCUCCAUCCAUGUGAGUGCUGAGGCUCUGAGCUGGCAGGAAGCGCUGGGUUACUGUAAUGAAGGGAACAGGAUUGGAAUUCUCAACAUCGAUUCUAAAGCUGAACAGGAAGAGGUGGAGUCUGAGCUCAGGAGGAGGCGUGUCCCCCCAGGGUCUCCUCUGUGGGUGGGGCUCGGACCGAACCGUCUCUCCGAGAGACAGACAGGACCUGGGCCGUCUCACUGCCCUGCUGACACACACACUGCAGAAGCAGCACCUGAUUAUGUGAUGGACUCUGAUAAACUUCGAGUCGUGUGUAAACUGAAAUAA